AUGUUCCUUGAAUAUGCUCCAGAAGGUAGUUUGUUAGACUUGAUGGACAAGUAUGGUGGUAAAAUCCCAGAAAGGGAUGUCAACUGUUAUACCCAAAUGAUAUUGGAAGGGCUUUUGGACGUUCAUGAGAAAGGAUUCAUUCACUCUGAUCUAAAACCAAGUAAUAUUCUGGUUUUCACUCCUCAACAUGGUACCUAUUUACCUAUUCUAAAGAUUGCCGAUUUCGGGCUAGCUAAACAACAAGGGGCAAAAGAUACAAGGUCUGGGUUUCGAGGUACAAAGUAUUAUAUGUCUCCUGAAUCGAUUGUCGGGGAAGUUAGUGGUGCAUUAGAUAUAUGGUCGUUGGGUUGCAUCGUGGUUGAAAUGAUUACGAGGAGAUUGCCAUGGGACACUCAUGACCAAGAUGAUUUAAGAGACAAGCUGUUAAGGGGAGAAUCACCCAACAUCCCUGAAGACAUGUCGAAGCUAGGAAAGAGUUUCUUGAGGGAAUGCUUUACUAUCGAUCCAAACAAAAGGUAA